GCGGAAGGCAGCAGCGGCUCUGCGGCUGAAGAUGGCGGACGAAGAGCACCGUCUCAGAGCGGCCUUUACAGGCGCCUCAUCUACGGGUGAGCCGGCCGCAAAAAGAACAAAAAUCUGCCCCGUAACUAACCACGGAUGUAAGUCAUCCGAAAUGGAUAAUUUCCCUGCCGUCUCGGGAGGCAAGGAAAGCUGGGAGCCGGGGCUGAAUUGCGCGCAACCCGCGGAGAAGGAAUCGAAGCCGGUGAUGGCGGUGGAACAGGCCCCAGCGCCAGGCGCAGACAACAAUGGGCUGGAGCCCGGACACAGAGCAGCGGACAGACUUCUGGACAGUGACGGCCUGGAUGAUCCGGAGGACGGCUCUGAUCUGAUGGGGCCAGAAGACUUUCCCUCCAAUGGCUUAGCUGUCACUCCAGAGCACAUCACUGAGGAGGACGACAGGUCUUCACAUGCUAGCUCCAGCGACUGGACUCCACAACCACAAAUAGGCCCCUACAGUUUGCUCCAGCAGCACAUCAGAGAAACUGAUCCCAGGGCUAUUCUGAGAGACCUGCUUCCAGAGACCAUCCUCCCUCCAGACCUAGACGACAUGACACUGUGGCAGAUCAUCAUCAACAUCUCAGAGCCGCCCAAAAGGAAGAAGAGGAAAGAUAUUAACACUCUGGAAGAUGUGGUCCGGCUCCUCCAUGAGAGUAAACGGAUCCUGGUGCUGACUGGUGCUGGGGUCUCAGUUUCUUGUGGGAUACCAGAUUUCCGUUCCCGAGAUGGUAUCUAUGCACGGCUCGCUGUAGACUUCCCUGAUCUUCCAGACCCUCAGUCCAUGUUCGACAUUGAGUACUUCAGACGAGACCCAAGACCGUUUUUUAAGUUUGCAAAGGAGAUUUACCCUGGUCAGUUCCAGCCAUCACCCUGUCACAAAUUUAUAUCAAUGUUGGACAAACAGGGAAAACUUCUGCGUAAUUACACACAAAACAUAGACACGUUAGAACAAGUAGCUGGAGUUCAGAGAAUAAUUCAGUGUCAUGGUUCAUUUGCAACAGCGUCCUGUCUUGUCUGUAAAUAUAAAGUUGAUUGUGAUGCCAUAAGGGAAGACAUCUUUAACCAGAUUGUCCCCCAUUGUCCUCGCUGUCUGGAUAUUCCUCUGGCAAUCAUGAAACCAGAUAUUGUGUUUUUUGGAGAGAAUCUUCCAGAAAUGUUUCACCGAGCCAUGAAGCAGGACAAAGAUGAAGUCGAUCUCUUGAUAGUCAUUGGCUCAUCGCUCAAAGUUCGACCAGUUGCCCUCAUCCCAAACUCCAUCCCUCAUGAAGUGCCUCAGGUGUUGAUCAACAGGGAGCAGCUUCCUCAUCUGAAUUUUGAUGUGGAGCUCCUGGGAGACUGUGAUGUCAUUAUUAACGAGCUCUGCCAUCGUUUGGGUGGGGACUUUGAGCAGCUCUGUUUCAGUGCUAAUAGACUCGCUGAAAUCACAGAGAAACCCCCACGGUUACCAGAGCAGCCACUAAACGAGGCCUUGUCUGAAUCUGGUGAAACAGCACAGGAGGAGAAGCACAGUACAGACUCUGUAUCUAAGCCUUUAGAAGAGACGCAAAAUCCAAAAACAAAUGUCCCAACACAGACUACACAGAAUGCUGGUAACAGCCGUGCACCACCACAAGAGCCUUGUCCAAACACCCAGUGUCCCAACGAAGACACGACACAGCCUUCAGACCAACCAGCAGAAGAAGAAGCCACAGAUGAGGCCGCUGACAUAAGGAGUUCUAGCCUGGAGUUCAGACGGAGAUGUUGGAUGAGCCGACUCAACAGGAGCCCCAUCAGCAAACGCCUUGAGACGGGACAGUACCUCUUCCUUUCUCCAAAUCACUACAUCUUCCACGGGGCUGAGGUGUACUCUGAUUCUGAGGAGGAGACUUCCAGUUCGUGUGGCAGUGACAGUGAGGAGUCAGAGUGCAGCGGAGAGGGGCUGGAGGACAGUGAAGUCGAGGACAACAGCACGUUAGCAACUGAGGGGGAGACGGACAGCUUUAGAGACACGGAACAGCAUGCUUUAGCCAACGACACCACGCCAAGUGCACAAACAGACAGCGUUUCUGAACAGACACAAGAUACCACAGAUCUUUAAAUAUACCCAGUCAAAAAAGCACUAUUGUCUUUUUAUAUAAAUGUUUCAUAUAUAUAUAUACAUAUAUAUAUAUUUUUGGCUCAUCAACCUUACUAUUAUUUUUUUCAUAAAGUUAAAAUUGCGUGACAACCUUGUGAAUAUGCAGCAGUUUUGUUUUUGUUAUGAUCACACCGUCACAUGCAUUGUGUCUGAAAGCUCAUACACUACUUUGGUGUAUACUACUACUAAAGAGAAGCAGUAGUUCAUUUAGUUAAGUUGUUUAUUUUCUUUCAUGAUAAACCAUAACAUGCAUGUCUGCAUAAUUUGGGGUUAACAAUGUUCUUUCCUGUUUGAGUUCAUGUUUUGUAAUGCAAAACAUGUAAAUAUGUAAAGCUACUGCCUGGUACCUAGUGGGUGGUAUGAGUUUCAGACACAUACAUAAAUCUAUGAAGAGGGUUUACUUGAACGAGUUGUGUAAUCUGCAAUACUUAAAGUUUUGGCUCGGAUUUUCAAGUGAUAUUGUAUGUGGUACUUAUAUGUAGCUGAAGUAUUGCCUCAGUGGGUGAGUCUCAAAUAAGUUUAAGUACAGAGCAGUUCCCUCUAAUAAUUUUCUGUACAAUUGUAAAAAAAAAAAAAAAAAAAAUCAUGGAUAAUUGUAGCAUUGCAGAGACAAAGUAUUCUAUUGAGGCUCUUGUUAUUUAAGCAGAAUCGAUAUUUUACACCUGGCAUCUGACAAUAAAUGCAAGUAUCACAUACAAAUCUACUUAAAACAGCCACAAUAUCACUAAAAACUGUUGGAUGUUGCUGAAUGAAAGUUAUCUUUAAUUUUACCAAAGAACACUUAAUUAUUUUGUAUGUUUAAUGGUCUUAUGUUUGGAAAACUGAUAAAAGGUGUUCUUUCUGAAAUGCGGCAGCUACUUUUUACUGUCAGGCCACAUAUUUUUUUAUACUCCAAGGAGACAUACUCAACAGAGAGUAGGUGAUUGUUAUAAUUCGCAAAGGUAUACUAAGCUGUACUUUCAAGCCUUAGAAGUGUACUCAGUUCAAAUGUUGGAAAUGGCACUUUUUAUUAUAAAACUGGUUAUGUUGGCCAUGUGUUUUCAUAAA